AUGACCAAAUUGCGCGUGUGUAUCAUUGGCGCUGGCCCCUCGGGUCUGAGCGCGCUGAUCGCCUUUGCCAAGCUGCAGGCUGCCGGUGAAGAGAUUCCCGAACUCGUCUGCUACGACAAGCAGUCCGAUUGGGGUGGUUUGUGGAACUAUACCUGGCGCACGGGCCUCGAUGAGCAUGGCGAGCCCGUUCACGGCUCCAUGUACCGCUACCUUUGGUCCAAUGGUCCCAAGGAGUGCUUGGAGUUUGCCGAUUACAGCUUUGAUGAGCAUUACGGCCAGCAGAUUCCCUCCUUCCCGCCACGCGAGGUGCUGGCCGACUACGUCCUUGGACGCGCCAAGAAACACCAGAUCCGCGACUACAUUCGCUUUGCGCAUGCCGUGCGCAACGUUGAGUUUGAUGCCGAAACGGCAACCUUUGCCGUGACAGUGGAGGACCUGACAAGCCAUACCCGCUCCACCUCGACCUUUGACCGUGUUAUUUGUGCUGGCGGCCACUUUUCCACCCCCAACGCGCCCUACUUCCCGGGACUCGAGCGCUUUCCGGGUCGUGUGCUGCAUGCUCACGACUUUCGCGAUGCCCUCGAAUUCAAGGAUCGCCGUAUCCUCAUUGUUGGUGCCUCGUAUUCGGCCGAGGACAUUGGCCUCCAGUUGCACAAGUACGGCGCCCGCCAAGUCAGCAUGAGCUACCGCACCGCUGCCCAGGGCUUUGCCUGGCCCGAAGGCAUGGAGGAGAUUCCCCUGCUGGAGAAGCUGGAGGGCAACACGGCCCACUUCCAAGGUGGUAUCACUCGCGAAGUGGACGCUGUCAUCCUCUGCACGGGCUACCAACACGUGUUCCCCUACCUGGCGGAUAACCUCCGCCUGCGCACCACGAACCGCCUGUGUCCCCCGAACCUGUACAAGGGCGUCGUCUGGCACGACAACACUCAGCUCUACUACCUGGGCAUGCAGGAUCAAUGGUACACCUUUACCAUGUUUGACGCCCAGGCCUACCUCGCUCGCGAUCUGAUCAUGGGCCGCCGCCAGCUGCCAGACGCCGAAGCCCGCGCCAAGGACAUGGAAGUGUGGGCCAAGCGCGAAAUCGCCGCGGAAACUGGUUACCAGCAGAUUGACUACCAGACCGACUAUGUCCGGGACCUCCUGGUCAAGUCCGACUAUCCCACCUUUGACCUCGACGCCUGUGCCGACAUGUUCAAGGCCUGGAAGGGCCACAAAAAGGAGUCCAUCGUAGGCUACCGCGAUCACGCCUUCAAGUCACCCGUCACUGGCACCAUGGCCCCCGUGCACCACACCCCCUGGCUCCAAGCCAUGGAUGACAGCCUCACUUGCUUUAUGGGCAAUGCCAGCGAACAAGCGAUCAUGGAGGCGACACGGCAGCGCUUCCGUUCGUUGCACGCGCUGGUGGACGAUGCUUGGCUUCGUGCAGCGACGCAACAACACGUCAACGCGUUGCUCGACGUGAGCCAAAGUGCCUACAGUCAGCUCGAAGAGGCCGAGCGCGUGGCUGAGCGCCGACGUGGUGUCGACACCACCUUGGACAGCGAUGAGCCUGCACCCAGCAUUUCAAACACCCGCGCCAAUCGCAUCCUCAAGAUCAAAAUGACUGAUGGUCUUCACGAAAUCAAGGGCGUCGAAAUUAAGCCCCUGCCCCAGCUCCAGCCAGCUAUGACUCCUGGCUGCAAGUUGCAAGUGGCUGCAGGUACGCCAGUGGUGCGCAACCUCCUGCUUCUCGAACCGGGUAACACAAAAGUCCUGGGCGGACAAGUCCCCGCCCUCGAGCCUCAGUCAGGUCACUUGGCUGUGUUACGUGCUUGCUUCGGGAUUGAGCCAAGCGAGACAGGUGCAGAGCCCCCUGAUACCCGCGUCCCCGCGUCAGCGGCCAAUCUUUCGCAUGACGAUACCCCAGACGUCGUGCACGACCUGGAUAUUGAUGCCCACCUUCAAAUGGCUGAGGAAGCCUUUCACCAGAAACAGCAACACCAACACCAACAACAACAACAACAACAACAACACCAAAACCAACAUCAAGGACAACAACAACAACAAAACCAACAUCAAGGACAACAACAACAAAAUUCGUCAAGGCACACGAAAUCGGGGCGAGAAGCGACUGGUUUGCCAUCGGCAGCGAAUGCUACGCUACACGCUGCUUCAGCGACCCCUAAGAAAGCACGCCACCUGGUUCCCGUGGCCGAAGUGGGCCAUAAGCGUCAGUGGUUUAAAGGCCGCCUCGCCGCCUUUGAUGGCAACCUGGCUGCAGAACGUGAGGGCUGGCGCCUUGUCGCCCACUUUGCCUUGGAUCAAGUGGAUGGAGAUUGCCGUGCCAGGCUCAGCAACGAUAUUCUUACCCGCAUUAUCGGGUUCACGGCUCCAGACUUUCGCCACCAACGACGUGCUGCCAAGACUGACCCAAGCCUCAAAGCACACCUCAAGUCUCGCCUCGAACAUGCCAACGAAGAGCUUCUGGCCCUGGCUGGUCGGCUACGGCUUGAGGCACAGCCCGACGAAAUUCCCAUGCUCGUUGCAUGGGUCCCAGAAAAGUCUUGA